UGGUGCGAUUACAAGCUGAAAACAUCGUAAUGUGACUUACUUUCUCCUAGGCAGAGCGUAGUGAUAUAAAAAUGGGCGAGAAGAGGUUAGAGAAGACCAUCUGGGAUUUGGCAGUUGAAGAACGAGACAAAAUAGAAAACCACUCCAACAAAGAUCAACAAGAAGAUUCACUUUUAUCAAGUAGUGAUGAAUCCAGCAUCUUUAUCCUUGGUAGUAAAAACUCUGGAAAAACCUCAAUGAUUUUGAGAUUUCUUGACCGUGAUGAAGCUCCCAAACCAACCACAGCUCUAGAUUAUACAUUUGGACGGAGAGCCAAAACUGGUCAUAAUAUCGGAAAAGACAUAGGCCACAUAUGGGAACUUGGAGGUGGAACAUAUCUGUCGAAACUGAUUGAAAUUCCUCUCACUUCUGCUACAAUUAGGAGUAUGGCUAUUGUGAUUGUGUUAGACUUGUCCCUUCCAAAUGAACUCUGGCACACCAUGGAAACACUUCUCUCUCAGGUGAAGUCUAAAGUCAAUAAAGCACUGGAGAGUCUAGAAAGUGCAAAACAAGGUUCUGUACAGCAGCUUAAGAAACAAGCUUGGAAAAAAUUUGGAGAAGAACAUCCUGACAAAUCUUCUAUUGAUCCCUUUCCCAUACCUCUUGCCAUAAUUGGUGGGAAAUAUGACAUUUAUCAGGAUUUUGAUCCUGAGAAACGAAAAAUGAUAAGCAGAGCGUUACGAUUUGUAGCGCACAAGAAUGGUGCUCACCUUCAGUUCUUUAGCACCAAAGCUGAAGGUCUGACGAACCGCACCCGGGGUCUGGUUGGGUCACUGCUAUUCCGCACCCCACUCAGUAAAGUGGUAUCAGUGGAUCACAACAAACCCGUCAUUGUUCCAGCUGGCCAGGACUCGUUAUCUCAGAUUGGGGCACCCCCAGUGGCCAGUCAAGAUAUGGGAAAAAUACACAGCAGGGAUCCAACUGAACUUUGGAAGGCUGCCUUCUCCGCGUUUUUUCCACCCGAGAAAUCCCAGGGCCGCAGCACUAGCGAAGAUCCUUCUAAAGAUCCUCAGUAUGCUGAGCCAGCGGUCGACACUAUGAGGAAACAGAAAGAUGAGGAACUUGAGAGAUACAGGAAGUUGGCCAUGCGGAAGGUUCGAGACACAUCCAGGGGGGCUGGAGCAGAAAAGCACUCACGGUGAUACACAGCAGCAUCGAGUUGAUUUCAGAGGACUCGGCGACACUUCAGAACAGCUCUGGCAGGCUGUGUUCAAUAUGAUGAACUACUUUUAUUUAUAAAGUAUUUAUGCUGGACAAGUCUAAAGCAAUGUUAAUAAAAGUCAUCAUCAUACAUAGGAACGAUUUGUAUUUGCACACUCUUGAGUUCUCUUUAUAGUACUUCACUGAGUCCAGUAUUUCAUUGCUAACGUGAGAGCAUAUGGCACAGAAUUAAUGACAAUAAAAUGUAAAAGGUUUCCAUUGCCACUCGCACAUCGUUUGUCUUUGUGUUGUCCACAGGCACCCCAGGCCAUAACUGUUAUUGAGUAGUUACUUAGCGUGUAAGCAACCACUCUUAGACGCGUGAAGGCAAAACGAAGAGUUAUACACAGUACAUGUUGACCAUACCAUUCACCUUUCGCGCCUUUCUCGUCGUUUUGGGAACAGUGGGACUGUGUUUAAGGGGUUUCAGUCGUAUCUCUCCGACCGUACGGUCUGUCGAAGUGUAUGGCUCCGUUUCUGAUCGUCGCACCCUUAUGUUUGUGCUUGGACCAUUGCUACAUUCACUGUACACCUCUCCAAGUGGUGAUAUUGCUCGAACUCAUGAUAUCAAUUUUCACUUAAACAUAUAUGCGGACAACAUGCAGCUGUAUUUAUUACUCAGUUUAAGUCUUCCCCUGAUGAUGGACCGGAGUGAGUCCAAGUUGAUGGCCUGUGUUCGUGAUAUCGCCAUCUGGAUGCUUUGUAAUAAACUAAAAAUGAACGAGGACAAGACUGAGGGUAUCCUCCU